AUGUUACAGGAUCAUCCGGGAUUACGAGGCACGCCUCUCGCCAUGUUGGCGGCUCAAUGCAACAAGCUGAGCAGCAAGAGCCCGCCGCCACUAGCGGACGCAGCGGUAGGCAAGGGUUUCCAUCCUUGGAAAAAGAGCCCGCAGAGCAGCGGCAGCUCGCCGCAGCAUAGCAGCAGCGCUGGCGGGGGAGGUGGAGGAGGAGGCGGCGGUAGCGGAGGGUGCACAACGACGGGAGUGAGCCAGAGACCGACGGCAACGAGCAGCGCCGGGAGCACCGGUGGUUACGCCAGAGCGCCAGUGACAUCAUGCGCCUCGACUGCGCCGCAAUACGGUAGCGAGUUAUACUUUCCCGGAACAGCGAGCGCUCAACCGGCCGGCGAUCCGCAUCAUCAUCAGAGCAGUCUCUUGGGCAAGGUCGAGGGUGCGACCUUGGGCUCGGUAUACGGUAGGCAUCCGUACGAGUCGUGGCCGUUCAACGCGAUGCCGGGCGCGACUCACGGCGGCAUCAAAGCGAGCGAUGGUUGGUGGGACGUGCACGGCGCCGCGACCGCCGGCGGUUGGCUGGACGUGAGCGGCACCGUUGGCGUCGGCGUCCACGCGGCGCAAAUGGCCAAUUACUCGGCCGACUACUCGACAAGCCUCGCGCUGGCCGGCAAUCACUUGCUGACCACGGCCACGACCGCCGGUCACAAUCUCCUACAAGACACGUACAAGUCGAUGCUACCGGGCGGACCGCCCGGAUUCGGGCUUCAUCAUCACGCGGCCGCGACGGCCGGCGCCGGCGCCGGAAGUCCGCAGGCCGGCGGCGGCGGUGGCA